AUGGGGUGCAGCUCUAGCAAGGAUGGCUACGAGUCCCAAGACCAAGGAGCUGGAGCUAACCCCGAUGACCCGAAGAAGUCAGCUUUGUUACGGGAGGAGGCUCUUAAAAUCGCGGAAGAGAUGAUGGGACUUACAAAGGGAAAGCGGUUCCACGAGUACUAUACGCGUCUGACGCUUACAAGCUAUGGCGCAAGCUGUAAGGUCCUGACAGCCUACCACCGCACCACAAACAAGAAGGUGGCAGUGAAAACCAUUCCAAAGAGUCGUAAGCAACUGGACCGACAACGCCAAAAGGUAAUGCUGGAAGUUGGCACUUUUCGGAUGGUGGAGGACCACCCCAACGCUGUCCGGAUGCUGGAAAUAUUUGAGGGUGCCGAGUGCUACUACAUUGUCAUGGAAUGCUGCGGAGAGCUUUUUGACCACAUUAGCAAGAAACAGGGUUGCUUUACGGAGCGCCAGGCUGCCGGUCUGUUGCGGAGCCUGAUGCUCUUCCUGGCGCACAUGCAUAGCAAGGGGAUAGCACACCUGGACAUCAAACCAGAGAACCUCAUGUUCGACAGCGAGGGGGCCAGUGGGGUUCUGAAGGUGCUGGACUUUGGCUCGUCAGUGUUCGUGCAGCCAAACGAGAUGGUUCGCAACGCCUUUGGGACCGUGCGCUACGCCUCCCCGGAGAUGGCCAAUGAUGUGUGCGGCCAAAAAGCCGACAUCUGGUCGGCAGGGGUGGUCAUGUACAUCCUGCUGUGUGGCAAGGCGCCAUUUCUCAAGAACAAUGACAUUGACACCCUGGACUACAUCAAGAACGGCCCCCGGGUCAAGUUCAACGGGGAGCGCUGGUCGUCCAUAUCGCAGUGUGCGAAGGACUGCAUUCGGACCCUCCUGGAGCCCAACCCGCGGGCAAGACCCACCGCCGUGGAGGUGCUGGGUAUGCCAUGGCUCAAACAGCAGGUGCCGGAAACAGUCAUCGUGCCCGAUACGCUCAAGCACCUGCGCACCUUUGCCAACCAGUCGCGCAUUCGGCGCCUGCUGCUGGGCCUUAUGGCGGACCAGCUGGUCGGCAGCGGAGCUAAUCAGCUGCUGGGGCAGUUCUACUCCUUGGAUAAGGACUUUAGCGGCACGUUGGAGGUUUCGGAGCUGAUCAAAGCGGCGAAAGAGGCCAUUCCUGAGUUAUCGGAGGUGGAAAUCAACCGCAUGUUUGAGGCGCUGGAUGUGGACCAAACCGGCACCGUGGACGUCAAGGAAUUUUUCGCGGGCCUUAUACAGACCAUUGACGAAGAAAAGCAGACGCUGGUGGCGCAAAAGAGUUUCACCAUGUUGGACAAGCGCGGCUCGGGUUACGUGACCAAGGAGGUGUUUAUGGAGGUGCUUCUGGAGCGAGUUCAGGCGGGCGCUCUGAAGAUGUUGGGCGCCAGGGCAGCAGGUGGUGGGGACAGCCCUCUGCGGCAUGAGGCGGAGCUCAAGCUGCAUGGCCGGCAGUCGGGGUCUGAAGGCGCCGACUCGAAGGUCAUUUUGGACCCUGGUCUGGUCCAGGAGCUGGAGGCCGAAUUCGCCUACUUGGACGCCAACGGGGACGGCGUCCUCAGCUUUGAAGAGUUCAAGGCCAUUCUGGGCAUCCAGUCCACACCCGAGGGACUGACCUUGGCACAGCCGCAGCUCGCAGCCGUACCUUCGCUUCAAGAAGGCAUGGAAACGCUCGCCCAGACGCUUCGUACACGUACCCGCAGCGUGUCGAAGGACGAGCAGUACCAGCAGCCGCCCAUGCAGCGUCUGGCUCUUGCCCGGGUUUCUCACAACGGCGGAGGCGGCAGCGGGACAAAUGGUGGCGCUGGCGCCGGCGGUAACUGUGGGCCCGGCGCCGGGCCCGGCGUCAGCGGCGGCUGUAGCGGCGCAAGCAUGACGGCCGCGCUGCAGCGGCAUGGCGGUGGCGGAGGCGGCGGCCGAGCCAGCAGCGGUGGCAAUACCACACAGCCGCUGAGCGUGGAUCGCGCGCAGUUGGAUCUGGAACUACCGAUUGAUUUGGAAACGAGGGACUUGUUGCAGCUGCUAGCGCCGGCGAAACGAACAGCGAGCCAAGUACCACUCGUGCUCCAUCAGCAGGCUGCUGGCGGCAAGGCGAACUCCGGCUCUUUCGGUGACGGCAGAGGCGGCGGCGCAACCGCGGCCGUUGACCGUGCCGCCAGCGUCAGCCGCCAGCCCAACAAAUCCAUGUCCGCUGGCGGUACCGGGGCCGUUCUCGUGGGCGACCCGCGGGUCGGCAGCUUUAAACGUGACGCGAUGGCGUUAAGUGUCACCUUAACGCCGCGUUCCUCUCGCGCUCCUUCAUCGAGUACGUCCGUUCCAGGCCUCUCCCUCCUUGACAAGACGCCGUCAAUACGCGCGCCGUCGCUGCCGCCUCUGGCGGCCCGCCCAGGCUUGGAGUUCGACGGUUACUGUGGCAGGGUGAGCACCAGCGGCGGUCCAGCUUCGGGCCGCAUGGGACGGGACAGUCCCUUGCUGCGUUGCAGCUCUUCUGCCGAGGCGUUGCAAACGGCCGCGACGGCAGCUGCAGCAGCAGCGCAAGAACUGUACGGCUGCAAGCCAGUCGAUUACCAAGCGCAGGUACGGUGGCGGGACCCACCAAGCGGCUCGGUGCAACAGGGAAUGGUCGGCAGCUCGGAGGUGCGGACUUUAUCGCCGAUAGGUGUGGCUGAGGCUGCAGCAAGGGACGAGCCGUCGCCGUUGCCGUCGCCGCGGUCUUGUGUCCUUUCGCGCGCCUCGGCAGUCCCGACUCCCCUUGGCGAUGGCGGAGUUGCCGCCAUCUCAGCGUCUCCCGCUGCGGCCGUCCUGGAUGACGCGCCUUUGCUCGGUGGCUUCGUGCGAAGCUCUGACGCUGGAGGAGCGUCAGCGGAGUCAGCGGUGACUCCACAAGCCAGGAAUAAAUAG